UGACAUUUGACAUUGACAAUGACAGCAAUAAAAUUAAAAAAAAGUGUUAAAGCAGUGAUAAGAUAAAGUGAAUUUGUUUUUUGGCUGUAAAUUGGUACACAAAUCAAAUUUGAUAACAUGGAAGUAAAACAAGAAACUUGUAAAAUAGAAAUAGAUAAUAAAGAGUUUGAUGGUGAUGGUACCUUGGAUGACUUCAAAAUUGAAAUUAAGGAAGAACCCAAGAGAGAACCCGCCUACAACGCGUUUAACUAUUUAGACUUUCCUGAAAACGCUAAAGUAGAACAAGAUGAACAUAAAUUUAAUGUAUGUGAAGAAACCCAAACAACAAAGGAAGAAAGGUUACGUCAAAACGAGAUUAAAGCGAAUUCUGAAAGGGCUUUACUAACACACACUGGAAAAAAACAUUACAAGUGCGAAAUUUGUUUUAAGCAAUUUGGAGGAGCAGGGCAUUUGAAAGAGCAUUUAAGGAUACAUGCUGGAGAAAGGCCUUACAACUGCGAAGUUUGCUUUAAACAAUUUACUAAAGCAGGAACUUUAAAAAAUCAUUUCAGAUUGCACACAGGAGAAAAGCCUUAUAAGUGCGAAAUUUGUGCUAAGCAAUUUAGUCAAGAUGGAAAUUUGAAAAAGCAUUUGAGAAUACACACUGGAGAAAAGUCGUACAAGUGUGAAAUUUGUUUUAAACUAUUUAGUCUAGAUAAAAAUUUGAAAAGGCAUAUAAGGAUACACACCAGAGAGAAGCCUUACAAGUGCGACAUUUGUUUUAAGCAAUUUGGAGGAGCAGGAAAUUUGAAAAGGCAUUUAAAGAUACACACUGGAGAAAAACCUUAUAAGUGUGAAAUUUGUUCUAAGCACUUUGGUCAAGAUGGACAUUUAAAAACUCAUUUGAGGGUUCACAAUGGAGAAAAGCCUUAUAAGUGUGAAUUUUGUUCCAAGCAAUUUAGUCAAGCUGGGCAUUUAAAAACUCAUUUACGGGUUCACACUGGACAAAAGCCUUAUAAGUGUGAAAUUUGUUCUAAGCAAUUUAAUGAAGCUGGGCAUUUAAGAAAACAUUUCAGAUUGCACACUGGAGAAAAGCCAUAUGAGUGUGAAAUUUGUUCUAAGCAAUUUAGACGAAAUCACGAUUUGAAAAAGCAUAUAAGGAUACACACUGGAGAAAAACCUUAUAAGUGUGAAAUUUGUUCUAAGCAGUUUAACCAAUCAAGUUCUUUGAAACAACAUUUUAUAUUGCACACUGGAGACGAGCAUUAUAAGUGCAAAAUUUGUGCUAAGCAAUUUAAUCGAGGUGACAUUUUAAAAAUGCAUUCAAGGAUACAUACUGGAGAAAAAACUUUUAAGUGUGAAAUUUGUUUUAAGUUGUUCGCUCACGAAGGUGGUUUGAAUGCACAUUUGAGAUUCCACACAGGAAAAAAGCCUUACAAGUGCGACAUUUGUUUUAAGCAGUUUAGACAAGGAGGAAAUUUGAAAAUUCAUUUGAGAAUACACUCCGGAGAAAAGCCAUUUGAGUGUGAAAUUUGUUCUAAGCAAUUUGGACAAAGAGACAGUUUGAAAAGGCAUUUAAGGAUACACACUGGAGAAAAACCUUAUAAGUGUGAAAUAUGUUUUAGACAAUUUAUUCAAAAUGGAGAUUUGAAAAGGCAUUUAAGGAUACACACUGGAGAAAAGCCGUAGAAGUGUGAAAUUUGUUUUAAGUAGUAUAGCCGAACCCUCUUAUUGGAAUAGCCUUCGUGCCAAGCAAAAGUAUUACUAUUGAAAUAACCGAAAUAACACUGAAUAAUAAUAUUUCAAUCAUCCAAGAUAGUUAUCGUUCACCCUGGCCCAGCUCAGUCUCUUAAGGUGUGUUCGUCUUGUCCUAAUCUUAAAUAUGAACUAUGAAAAUUCAGAAUGGAAGCAAACAAAACAAUAUUUUAACUAAUCAUGUUUAUUUUUCAAUAAAGAUAUAAUAAAAAUAUGACUUAUCAAAUGCAUUAACAAAUAUAUUCAGAUUCUUGCCAAAAUCUAACAAUUCUUGGAUUACACUUAUGCAUGGCUUGUGGUGUUGGUUCUAUGGUAACUCCUUGAUGUCGAAUGGUACUGUUGUAGACUUCUUGUAGACCUGGCCAGAUGUUCGGCCUCAGAUCCCUGCAGCUGAAUAUGUUCGUCGUUGUAGACUAGCUGUAGUCUAGUGGAGAUGCAUCCAUUAUGUCCUGCCUUGUAGUUCCAUCACCAGUGAAGAAGGCUUGAAGCUCCCGAAGGGAGAAAAAUUUAAUCCCAAAAACUAGAAGAUAAAAUACAUAGCUAACAUCAAGAAGUAAAAACCAAAGUGUGCCAAGUUUGCCAAUAUUUAAGAAAUAAUCAGAAAGAGUAGCAGAUGGCAAGAAUAAAAUAAAAUCAAUGCUGACGGGGACUAAUUAAAUAAUUUGAUUACUAAAUGCAUAUUAAUAGAUGAAAUGGAAUAUUAGAACACAUGUUUUUAGAAUAUGGGAGGUUAGAUAUAAAAAAUACUAUAAAAACUAUUAAUGUUAAACUGUGAAUACAAUAAAAAAGCAUUAAUGAAUUUUCUUACCCCAAGAGAUCGUCUGUUCAGAAUAAAAUAACUUAUUUUCAAGCUCCUUUGGCUUUUAUGAGUUUAUCACCACCAUUUUGAGACUUGAAAUGACAGCGUGAACUGUAGAAAGGUAGAAUAAGCAUGUUCCAUAAUGAAAGACAGACAUCUAGAGAGUAAGGAUAUAUGAAGUACGUUCAGUAUGAUGAUUUAGGUGUUAGAUGAGAUUCUAGAAUGUUAAAAGAGUUGCCUAACAGGAAAGGGCGCCCACGAGUUUUUAACGGAGAAAACGGGUAAAACAAAUACAGAAGAUAAUUAUUAAUAAAAUCUUAAAGAAAAUAGAAGAAAAUAAUUAAUUAAAAAUAAAGUAGCAAAGAUGUGACGUUUGUAACCGGGAUAUUCUAAUAAACGAUCAUUGGUGGCUAGUAGAAACGUUUCGGGACCUCAAGUUUCUAUUCCUUAAACCGGGAUAUUCCUAUAUGCGCCAGGGAAAUAGGUCAAAAAUAUACCAUGUUUAGGACACUUGAGCAACCGGGUUGCAAAUGGGUUAUUUGGGUGCUAUACACAUCAUCAUGGUGCUACAGCCCUUAGAGGGCCUCGACCUUCUCAAGCUUUCUACGCCAUUCUGUUCUGCCCCUUGCUUGCAUUUUCCAGUUUCCGACUCCGAUCUUCUCGGCAUCUUGUGUUACCCCGUCCAUCCACCUCAACUUUGGUCUACCCCGUCUUCUCACUCCCACGGGUUGAGCUGUUAGAAUCUUUUUUAUCAUGUUCGAUUCAGGGGCCCGGGCUACAUGCCCUGCCCACUUCAGGCGGUUUCGCUUAAUUACAGUGAUAAUAUCUUUUCCACCAAACGUAUGCUUGUAGAUAUUCUGCAGUUCAAAGUUAUAUCUACGCCUCCACAUUCCGUACUCACAGACUGCUCCGAAUAUCUUGCGCAUAGGACUAUGAUUUAACAGUAUUUUCUAAUAUACAGGGCUACCCGUUUUCACAGGUUGACACAAAUUUAUGUUUUUUUAAAUGGAAUACCCUGUAUAUUUUUACAUUUUUGGAUUCUACUCGAUGUUCUCUAUAAUAAAAUGUAGUGUUUUGAAAUAUUAUACGAGGUAGUUUAAAAUAUAAUUACGUUUUUUUUGUUAAUUUUGUAGGAACAUUCACGCCCUAUACAUAUUGUUAGUGAUUUGAUAUCCAAACUUCUUUUAAUUUAUGUUUAAACGAUUUUUAAUAUAUGUAGUCUACUAUUGUCAGUUAUUAAUAGUAUACCAAAAUGUUUAAUUUUAGUAUAGGGGUUGGUUGAAACUCUGAAUGAGUAUUUUCUGAGUUUUCUUAAAUGGGACACCCUGUAUUUUAGUAUUAUAAUAAAAUGAUAUUUUAUGGUACCUUUUUAUUUGUUAAGCAUUUUCUAUACCA